CCCAAGGUCCCGUAUAUCCACAAAUAGUUCCAGUUUUGAAAAUUUCAUCCUAGUAAAAGUUGUAGAUCUUGAAAAGUUAUGCGAAAUGAAAAAAAAUCGCUACGAUCGGAUACCCGAGUGAAAAGUUACGUUCGUUUGAAGUUUCGGCCGAAGUUAGGAGUUGAUCGGAAAAAAAAAAAAUGGACCAAACCGCUGGGUGGGGUGGCGGUUUUGGGUCAAACCGCCACCCCACCCAGCGGUUUGGUAAAUUUUUUUUUUUUAAUAACCGCUCCCUAGGCCCGCGGUUUGCAUAGAAAACCGCGCCUCCAACAAACGGUUUUCGUGUAAACCGCAGAGUGGGGUGGCGGUUUUUGAAAAAGGGUGGUAUUUUUGAAUUUUUUUUUUUAAACAGUGAUACUUUUGGAAUUUUUACCAUUACUGGCGCGAACUAUCAAUAACUUCUAGCAACUAGGAAGUUCGUUAACGUAUUACAACCAAACCCACAAGCCAAACAAACGUCAACAAACACCUCGAUUUCUUUUGUUCUUGCCAGUUCCAGUUUUAUCCAUAACUUGCAGGAAGAAGGCGAUUCUCAUGUGUUCCGUAUCCAUGGAGCUCGUUUGGUUCAGCCCUCAAACCCUCUUCCCCCUUGCUGUAAAACAUCAACUUCCCUAGCACAAAGAUCCAACCUUUCUUCUUCAAAGUCCACCAUAUUGAACGCUUCAUCAGCUUGCAGCUUUCGCUUAGUUUCAAAACUCCUGUCAUUUUCCCUGCCAACAGCUGUUAAGGAAAAUGAUAUUUUUAGCCGUAGUCUUAAUUCAGAAUAUUUUUGUUUUUCAGAGACCUGAUCUUUAGCCUAGGAGAAACUGUGAAAUCUUUAAUAGAAGCCUGAUUUCUAUAUUUUUCAAGUAAAAACUGAAUUCCAUUUUCCCCCCAUUUUCUUCUGCAAAAAUGUUUCAUGAUGUCCACCUGGAGAGGAAGCUGGCAUUAAAUCUGCCUGCCACGCUCGAAGUUGAAGGCCGCUGUCUGUCUUGAAUCGAUCGACUAAGAUCAAAGCGCUUAGUCGGUUGAAAAAGCGCGAAUCUGCUGGUGAUUGCAGAGGAGCAAAGUGAGAUCAGGGGAGAUGCUGUAAAGGCCGAAUGGGGACAUCAGAUAAGAAACUAACUAUGUGUUCCAACUUCCAUAAGCUUGUGGAAAAUGUAACGCACAACGCGUUCGAGACAUCCGAUAUCGCUUCUGCGAUGGAUGGAUGGUGAAUUGCACUCCUUCAUUAGAGCAUAACUCAAGCACAGUACUGUCCAUUGUCUAGCUCAUGAGCACAUUCUUCUCUUACAUUUAGCCGCUCGGAACCAACAUUCGACCGCCAGAAAGAAAAAAUGCACAUCUGUAUUUGUAUAUUCUCCUUCUGUUCAAAAUUUUCCAUUCUACACUUUCUUACAGUCAAACCAAUCUAAUUAUGAGCAAGGGAAAAUUUCCCCUAAACUUAGAAAUUGUUCUGUCUAAAAAGACUGUUUCAACUCGAUCGAUCCGCGCGCGCGAUUCGUGCUUAAAAAGAGAGGUGGAAAUGGUACAUCAAAUGCCUACAUAUAACCAAAACCUUUGAGAAAAAACAAAAACCAGAUCAAAAGCUAUGGCUUCUACAAUUCCUAGCUUCCUCAUGAAACCAAUAGUGUUUCUGCCCGUAUUGAUCAUCCUGCUUGUGCUGCUGCAACCCUCCAAGGCGGGUCUCAGCUUCUGGCCUUACCAUCACGUCCACAUCGUGAACGAGCUGAGCGACCCCAAGGCAGUGCUGCUGGUGCACUGCAAGUCCAAGGACGACGAUCUCGGGGUACACUACGUGACCGUGGACAACGAGUACACGUGGCGAUUCAAGCCCGACGUGAUCAAGGAGACGAUGUUCUGGUGCUACCUGGCGUACAACAAUCGCCAUGUCGCCUUCGAGGCGUACAACAAGGCCGAUCCUCAGAGGGAGUUCGAGUUCCACUCGUUCUGGAACGUUACGGACGAGGCAGUCUACCAGGAAAGUCGUAACGAAGACGGUGUAACAUGGGAGAACAUGCUGCCUCACUACUGGCAGCCGGGGAGCCGCUGAAUCGGAAUCCCCUGGCGCCAUGGAUUUUCAGUCUAGACAUAUAUGUAGAUGGACAGCUUUUGGGACUAUGUGUCUUUUGAAGUUGGAAGGGAGGGCUACUCCUUCUGGGGACAUAAACGGUAUUGGCUUAUUGGGGUGUUUAUGGGACACCCUUAAAAAUUACUAAUCCAUUUUAUACUUGUUUUGAUUUGCAUUCAACCAACAAUUUUGUGAUUGUUUUUUCUUCCUAUUUAUACCCAUCAUUGAGUAUAUUUAUAGUUACUUAACAAAAAGCUAUGUAUUUUUAGUUGUAACUUUUUUUUUUGCAUCUAAUAGAAAGUUAAAAAAAGCAUUAUUCAGUAAGGAUGGCAAUCCAAUUCAUACACACAAAUAUGGGGGGUCGGUUCGUACCGGACCGUGCCAGGUCAAACCGUCAUUUGGACGGACCGUUUGAGUUUAAUUGCCGAAGAAAACAUGGACCGAAUUGAUAUUUGGAUCCGACCGAACCGGAUCAAAUGGACCGAAUGCAGUGAUGGCCCCGUCCUUGAUCCUAAGAUAUCUUUCACUAAUGAACCGUGGUUCUUACUGUUUAGCAGUAACUCUUACUGUUUUGUGGUCCCGUCAACUCAAUAUGGUUGCCCAUCAUGUGGCACAAAAAGGCCCUCUCAUCGGGAGUUCGACUAUUGGUAGACUCUCGUACUUUUCUUUCUUCUUUCUUAUGACUUUCUUUUCAACACUGACUUUGCGAGAGAGAGAAAAAAAUGAACUGUGGUUCUCAUAACUUGACCAAACUGUUGCGCACCCCCUAUUUGUUGCUCGAUGCGAUUUAUAAUUAUUCAAUUUGCCCCAAAAUCGUGUAAAAGCUGGUAAUACAUGUACCACUUUCUUAUCUCCGCAUUCUCAUUUAUCCUAUCUUUCGUGAUAAUUUUAAUCUUUUAGUUCUGAAAUGUGUACUUUGUAGAUGAUAUUGAUUCCCCUGUAUGUUGUCAAAGUCUUCUGACAAAUUAAAUGUACCAUUUUUAGGAGUGAUUUUGAUAAUGUAAAUAAAUAACGGUUUUGACGAUACCCAUCUUAACCCGAACCAUUAUCAUCGUGUUCCCCAAUAUCAUGUGAGCUUAGAUCCCAUGCUCAAUCAUUUUUGUCGUUUUUUUUUUCUAUUCUCCCCACAAAAACUUGGAAUUAUAACAUAACCUAUGAUUAGGAAUGACAAUGGGCAGGUCCGGGGCGGGUAUCUCGAUACCCAUACCCGUCUCGUGGCAGUUCGGGUCCGGGUCUGGUAAUUUAUCAUGGGGCGCGGCUCGGGACAGGUCGACCCAUUGGGUAUAUAAUUUAUGCGAAAUAACAUUAGAAUUAUUCA